GGACAGGCUGUAGCUGCUGGACAAACACCUGAUUUCCAUGUCAUUUGCAUGGGCCUGCUGUGAAAGGAACCAAGCAAAGACUUGUCAGAUUCUUCCUCCCUUCUCUUGUUGAGCACUCCAGAGCCAUUGUUCCACUGCUGUUUAAUUGUGUCCUGUCCUCCUCUUGCCAAGGCAAACAGCCCAGUCUCAAGGAGGCAUCCCCAGGUGCCACACUGCCAGCUCAAACAUGAACACAGGCAAAGCUGAUGACAGCCAGGGUUCCCAAGGGACGUGGGUCUCUGCGGGGGCCAGCCUCCAGGAACAGGACCUCUCAUGAUGCUGGUGUCCAGGAGUGAGCACCAUGCCCAUCACCCAGGACAAUGCUGUGCUGCACCUGCCCCUCCUCUACCAAUGGCUGCAGAACAGCCUGCGAGAGGGCGGGGAUGGGCCGGAGCAGCGGCUCUGCCAUGCAGCCAUCCAGAAGCUGCAGGAGUAUAUCCAGCUGAACUUGGCUGUGGAUGAGAGUACAGUCCCACCUGAUCACAGCCCCCCAGAAAUGGAGAUCUGUACUGUGUACCUCACCAAGCAGCUGGGGGACACAGAGACUGUGGGCCUCAGUUUUGGGAACAUCCCUGUUUUCGGGGACUAUGGUGAAAAGCGCAGAGGAGGCAAGAAGAGGAAAACCCAUCAGGGCCCUGUGCUGGACGUGGGCUGCAUCUGGGUGACAGAGCUGAGGAAGAACAGCCCAGCAGGGAAGAGUGGGAAGGUUCGGCUGCGGGAUGAGAUCCUGUCCCUCAAUGGGCAGCUCAUGGUCGGAGUCGAUGUCAGUGGUGCCAGAUUAAUUUCUACCAAAUGGACAGAUAAACUGAAGAAAUUUUUGGAGGAAGAAGAGGUAUAAGCAAACGGU